CCUCUCGACUUCUGUUUAAAAUCGAAAAGCCAGAAACACAAACUUCGCUUUUCUUCUUCUUCUUCUUCGCGCCAUGGCGUCAACAGCUCCACCUCCCCAGGCCUUGUUCUAUCUCUUCACAGGUCGAAGAAGAAGCACCGCCGGCACACGCAUCACACAGGGACGUGGAGCCACCGCUCGUGUUCCAAGACGCGGCCGCCUGCGGGUUUCCGCGGCGCAGGGCCCGCGAGAGCGACAGCAACCGCCGCCGGGAGUGGACACGAGGAUCCACUGGGAAAACGAGGACGAAGGAUGGAUAGGGGGCGGAAACUCGAGGUCGGAGGAGGGUGGAGAGCAGAUGGGGGCGGAGGAAGAGCGGAGGAAUCUCUUGGGCGAGAAGUUCGCCGAUUUGCUCAACGAGUCCUCGGAUUCCCACUACCAGUUCCUAGGAAUUUCAGCCGGUGCUGAUCUGGAAGAAAUCAAAGCUGCUUACAGGAGACUAUCCAAAGAGUACCACCCAGACACGACUUCCCUCCCAUUAAAAACUGCAUCAGACAAGUUCUUAAAGUUGAGGGAAGUUUAUAAGGUGUUGAGUGAUGAAGAGAGACGGAGAUUUUAUGACUGGACACUCGCACAGGAGGCUGCAAGUCGACAAGCGGAGAAAAUGAGGAUGAGUUUAGAGGAUCCUUACGAGCAGGAUUUACAGAACUACAAACCCGUCCCGGAUAUGGUCGAUCGGCUCAGCGGAAGGAACAUGGAUUUGAGUGACCAGGCGAUGUCGGCUCUCACAUUCGAUGUGUUUAUUAUCAUCUUUGCGAUUUGCUGCAUCAUUUAUGUUAUAUACUUCAAGGAACCGUAUUAUUAGGUGGUUCUUGUAAAGUUUAUGUACAUUAUUACGGCAACUCUCACUAUUUUGAUCAUACUGGACGCUGGACGAGUGUACGAUCCAGCCAAGGGAAAAUUGGGAAAACUUUUUUCCUGAGUCAGGUAGAUUUCUGAAGUUGUUUGAUGAAAUUCCUAAU